AUGCUUUCUCGUUCUAUACGCACCCGUCUUCCGGGAUGCGCUGCUUGCAGGAUCACACAGCGCUCCGGUUACGGCACGACUAGGAGUUUGCCAAAGGCCAUACCGACCCGCCAGCCUAUAUCACUCUACCGACAUUCCCGUGCGAGCCAACAAUUUUCACCAACUUCCCGAAUCUCCGCCUCAAGAUUGCAAUACCGCUUCCUGUCGACAGAGACGCCUGUACCCGAGCCUACAAAACAGCUACUUGGCGGCCGGAUACUACGUUUUGGCUUUAGGGUGCUAGCAUUCAGUGGAGGCGUGGUUCUGUUUGGUGCUGGGCUCGUAUGCGCCUUCUUCGUCUAUGAUGCCACUACCUACCGCACCGAUACCGACAAUACCGAUAUUCCUGUCUCUCAACAUGCACUUAACCCCCGGCGUGGAGGGCCCAAGAACCUUCCAAUUGCUGAAGUCCUUGUGGAUGACCACGACUGCGAGUCGAAGGUCGACCAAAAAGAUAAGCCAAAACUUGUUAUACUUGGCACCGGAUGGGGGAGUGUGGCAUUGAUGAAGAGCUUGAAUCCCGGCGACUAUCAUGUCACUGUUGUGUCCCCUGUGAACUAUUUCCUUUUCACUCCAAUGUUGCCAUCAGCAACGGUCGGAACCCUGGGUCUAAGUUCUUUGGUCGAGCCUAUUAGACUGGUUGUGCAGAGGCUUAGGGGACACUUUCUUCGCGCUGAGGCAGUAGAUGUGGACUUUGACGAGAAACUUGUUGAAAUAUCACAGGUCGACUGUGAUGGCAAGCGGCAAAAUUUUUAUCUGCCGUACGAUAAGCUGGUUAUCGGAGUUGGUUCUACAACCAACCAACACGGCGUCAAGGGACUCGAGCACUGUAACUUUUUGAAAUCGAUCGACGAUGCCCGACAGAUCAAAGCGAAGGUCCUUCGGAACUUGGAAGUUGCUUGUCUCCCGACGACUAGCGAUGAGGAGCGCAAACGCCUUCUAUCUUUCGUCGUAUGCGGUGGUGGGCCAACUGGCGUCGAAUUCGCCGCAGAGCUGUUUGAUAUGUUAAACGAAGAUCUGUUCCGAUCGUUCCCAAAGAUUCUCAGAAACGAAAUUUCCGUGCAUUUAAUCCAGAGUAGGAGCCAUAUCCUCAACACAUACGACGAAACUUUAUCACUCUACGCGGAGCAACGGUUUGCCCACGAUCAAGUUAAUGUUCUUACCAGCUCGAGGGUUAAAGAGGUCCAAUCUGAUAGGAUCUUAUUCACCCAAAUGGAGAACGGAAAGCCAGUGGUGAAAGAGAUUCCCAUGGGCUUUUGCCUAUGGUCAACAGGAGUUGCCCAAGCUGAACUCUGCCGAAAACUGUCUAAAAAGCUCGAGGGCCAAAAUAAUAAGCAUGCCUUGGAGACCGAUACCCACCUUCGACUUCUUGGAGCGCCGCGUGGAGAAGUAUAUGCCAUAGGAGACUGUUCCACCGUGCAAAAUAAUGUUGCAGACCACAUCCUAUCGUUUCUGCGCAACAUUGCCUGGGAAAAAGGACGAGACCCCCAGAAAAUCCAUCUCACCUUUGGUGAAUGGCGCGAUGUAGCCCAACGAGUUAAGAGGCGUUUCCCCCAAGCCUCAAACCAUCUCCGGCGAUUAGAUAGGCUAUUCGAACAAUACGACAUCGAUCGUAGCGGCACUCUUGAUUUCAACGAGUUGCACGAACUACUCGUCCAGAUCGACUCAAAACUUACCUCCCUCCCCGCAACCGCUCAACGAGCCAACCAACAAGGACACUACCUCGGACGCAAGUUCAAUAAAAUCGCCCAAGCCGUGCCAGGCAUGCGAUCAAAGGAAGUCAAUUUCGAAAGUCUCGACGAAAGCGUUUACAGAGCCUUCGAGUACAAACAUCUCGGCAGUUUGGCAUACAUUGGUAAUGCCGCGGUGUUUGAUAUAAACGGCCUCAGCUUCGGAGGCGGUUUGCUUGCCGUUUAUCUUUGGCGAAGCAUUUAUUUUGCUCAGAGCGUCAGCAUCAGGACUAGAGUCAUGAUGGCGAUGGAUUGGGCUAAACGAGCUCUUUUUGGAAGAGAUAUGAUGAAUUUCUAA